AAAUUCGCACUUCGUAAUCCAUUUUCCUCUUUACACACCCCUAGCUAUCCACAUCCUGCCGACGACUACACAUCCAUACGCGGAUACGGACCACCGUACCUCAAAUGUUUUUUAUGAGGUGCUUAAACCAUCAAUAUUGAAUCACAUUAACGCUAUUACUUCGCCUCACAAUAUGGAGUCAUCUCCCCUGAUCAAGGCGCAUGACCAUGCGAGAGCCGCAUCAGUGGCCACCCACACAUCUGAUACCACCGUUGCAGUCAAUGAGCAUACUAGAGCUGCCGGCGAAUUUGCCAACGCUGCUAAGAAUACCAGCAGCGUUGAGGCUUUACGUACCUUGAAAUUGCUUGAGCAGCAUCAUCGACGACUAUCUGAACUUCUUCAGCUCCCCAACCAACAGCCAACGUCACAAGCUACCUCCGAAGAUGACUCUCAGCCCAGCGAAAAAGAUGAGUCUGCUACGACUACAUCUUCAUCUCCCACAAAACAUGACGCCAACGAGGCUUCAAACGAGAAAAAUCCACAGCCUUUGCCGACCUUAACCAAGCAGCCGCGAUAUCCUCCUCGUGAUUUGGGGGCCUCCAUCGCCAACAAUCUUGCUUCUGCCCGGGGUAUCCGUUCCAAGUAUAGGUCCCAGCCUCUUAGCCCUAGUGUUUCUAAUACCGAGGCUCCCGGCAAUAUGGAGACGGCAUCUCGAAGAAGCGGCCCAAGAACCAAAAUGCAAACUAUGCUAGAUAACUCCGACAAACCAAAUGCCAUCACAUCUCCAGAUAGUGAAAGAGCUACUAGACGGUCCAAUGCUACCCAACAGGAUGGUGUCACUGGUAAAGGACGAGCAGAAAGUGCUACAAACACCACCGAUGAGGGUUUUUCAAGGUUCUACAGCGCAUUUGGUAGUAUCAUUAAUAGGAUUUCCGCUCCGCUUGCCUUUGCCGGACUGCCCUUGAUAAGCGAGGACCAAGUUGAAGAACCACCGGCCCCGGUCCCGGCUCCCGAGUCACCAGCCCCGAAGCGAAAUAGGGUCCGAGGAUCCCCCUAUGUUUCCGCUGAACCUGAUCUGAAAAAGAUAUAUUCCAGGGCAGCUCUUCGAGCUGUGGCUCGCGAUGGACAGUCGGCCAACGACUCGUUCUACGUUGUCCCUACCAGCGGUCAUACCGCCUCGUACGCAAGCAUCCUUACUUUCGCAGACAAAGAGAAGCGCCGAAUGGAAGCCCAGGGUGCCGCAGGUGUCCUACUUCAAGACCCCGACGACGAAGACUUUGUCGACGCCAGGGAAUCCCAAAUCCCACGCUCGCCUGCACUCCAGAAGUUGUCGGGUAAGGCCCGUGCCGAUAAAGAUCUCACCAACAUGGUUGAAGAGCUGUAUCUCGAGAAUAAAGGCUUAAAGGACAUGCUGGAUAAACUGAGCAAGCGUCUCCAUGCGUUCGAGUCUAUGUCACAAAACUCUGGAAUGCGCCUUGCCGAGAGCAUGCGUCUCAUGCGUCCUAGUUCGCCACUCGCAUCUGGAGGGAAAGCGCCACCAGCAAUGGCGGGCGCGGGGCUAACGGAUGAGGCCCUCGUAAGAAGGAACCAGGAACUCGAGGAGCAACUCCUAGUAGCAUCGAGGCAGAUGGAAGAAAUGGAGAAGAGCUACAACAAGGCGAGAGCGAACCUCGUUCGCUACCGGGAGAAAUGGGACCAGCUCAAAGCCGGGGCUAAAGCACGUCGGGCUGGUGUUGGUAGUGCGAGUGGCAGUGGAAGUGCUGCGGGCGUUGGUGGCGGUGUUGGUCUUGGUGGUGACUUAAUGCAGGGAGGUAGAGGCGGAGAAGGGGGUGGAGGUUCAGAAGCAGGUGUGGAUGAUGGGUUCAAGAGCCCUGCUUUAGGUUAGGGGUAGUAACAUCGUAGUAGUUACAUUCAGACGAGAAGGUGAGAUGAGUGGUAGGUAAGUAAUCUACCUAACCUUAGGUAGCUAGCUACGCAGGGUGAGUACUUGCCUAGGUAGGCAGAGUAGGGUGGGGUGGGGUAGAGAGUAGUAGAAUAUAAACUGGCUUCAUGUGACUCGA